GCGGAAACCCGGUAGCGAAUGGGCGAGGGUGGGCCGUGACCCGGUAACUGUCCGUCAUCGAGGCGCACGGGGGCGGGGGAGAAAAUACGUAUUGUGUAGGUUCAAAAGAUCCGACAUGGACACGCGCUUCACCAGAGGCAAGUCUCCCAUCCUGGAGCGCUCGCUAACUCGUCCAAAGACUGAGGUCAGCCUGAGUGCAUUUGCUCUGCUCUUCUCCGAGAUUGUACAAUACUGUCAGAACCGAGUGUACUCUGUGUCAGAGCUGCAGAACAAGCUGUCUGAGCUGGGUCAGCAGGUCGGCAUGCGUAUCCUGGAUGUGCUGGUGAUGCGCGAGAAGAAUGGCAAGCGUGAGACCAAGGUCAUCAACAUGCUGCUCUUCAUCAAGGUCAAUGUAUGGAAGGCACUGUUCGGCAAGGAGGCUGACAAACUGGAGCAGGCCAAUGAUGAUGACAAGACCUACUACAUCAUUGAGAAGGAGCCCCUCAUCAACGCUUACAUCUCAGUGCCCAAGGAGAACAGCACGCUAAACUGUGCCUCUUUCACUGCAGGCAUUGUGGAGGCCAUUCUUUCUUACAGUGGCUUCCCUGCCAAGGUCACUGCUCACUGGCACAAGGGCACCACGCUGAUGAUCAAGUUUGACGAGUCGGUCAUCGCGCGAGAUAAAGCUCUGGAUGGACGCUAAGCUUCCGCCCGACUCACUCUGCCCUGUUUAGGUGUAUCCUCAGCCCUCCCCUUUCUCUUACUACACUGUCCACCAUCCUGCCCUUCUCAAACCAAUGAAUGUCUGCUUCAUGUUGUAACAUUGAAAUAAUCUUGCCUUCAGCCCUCACUGACCUUUCUAACUUCCAAGAUUCUGCUAUGGUCAGGCCUCUGUUCCUGGCUCUGUCCUGCAGUAGCCUCCCCUGUGCUGUGGGACCUGACCGAUACAAAUCGUAUCUGAAAGAAGGCCAGCUCUUCCAAGUGUUUGCACUAUCUGAACUUGUAUGGAAAAGUUAACAGUUAUAAAAUCAAAUUGCAGAGAUGGUGGCAAAACUCUCUUUUGUCUGGGAGGCUGCCACGAUUUAGGAAUCAUUCUCACCUUGAUAAUAGUUGGCAUGAACAGUGGGACAGGAUUUUACAGAUUUCAGUUUUAAUCCCCUGAAAAGGACCACUGAAUGUGGGAUAUGGGAUAUUUCUGGAAAUUGGCAAACUGAUCCCUCUGCAUCUAGGGCUGAUAUUGUCUCACUGGGACAUUGUGGAGGAAGCUUCUUUCUCUGUUUAACCCUGUGUGUAAUUGCUUUGGGAGUGUUUGGGAGGUGGGGCCGCUGGAGGGGAAUGUUUGGGUACAGGAAACUUUAUACUGUGUCAACCCAAUGGCAUACCUGUGCUGAGGGUGUUCCAAGUGUAGAGGGAGCUUCAUUUCUGGUUUAAAGUAGUAGAUGGACCUGUACUCUGUAUCUAACCCUCUGCUGUCCCUGUCCUGGGAGUGUUUACUGGCACUGCAUACCUGAAACCACUCACAUUUGACAAUAGAUUGCUUUGUUUCUCUUCUUUUAUUGAAGAACUGUGAGAUGGUUGGGUGUCUGAGUUGAGGGUUUGUUUCCCAGUGUUAUGUUGAGGUGGUUCAUUUGUCCGAUCUCCAUGUGAAGUUAAUCCUUUUACUUGAACCCAGCCCAAGCAGAAAAUAGAACUAUGAACAACUGUGUAUAUUAUUUCAAUAAAUCCAAUAAACAAAAUAAAUUUAUGUGAA